UUUGACUUUAUUCAAAACUUUCAUUCAUCAUCACCAAAAUUGUUGAACCAACAACUGGUUUGAUAUUUUACAGACUGUUUUUAACAGACUGAUUUUACAGCAUCGAGAAAUUAUGGGGUCAUGAACUUUAAUCACAAGAUUUUUGCAAUGUGUGAAAUUCGCAAUUUCAAUGUAAUUAGAUAUCCAGGAACGUAUGUAUUCAACUCAAACUGAAAUUAUAUGUUGCGGCUUGUUGCCCGCGUUUUCAAACUACUGUUCAUUCUUUUGACCAAAUCAAGCACAGUGUUUUAAACAUUAUAACGAUGUAAAUAAACUACACGACAAAAUGUAGUUCCUGAAUGAAGUAAAGCCAAGGUAAGACGAAAUGAAAUAUAUUCAAGUAAGUUUACAUAAGCAUAUCGAAACACAGCGCCGAUUCAAAGUCGGCUGUAAACACAAGGAAUUUCUAAAGAAACCAGAAAACAAAUAGUCAAUAGAAGUUUCGCGAGAGUUAGAUGUCAUUUCGUGGGCAUUUUAAUUUUUAAUGAAGAAAGUAAUUCACAGAAUAGAUGUCUUUUUAUGCUUGCUUUAAACUCGUAUUUGUUGAAUGCAAAACGGCUGUACACAAUGCUGUCUCGGUCAAUAAUAUAAAAAUUUUACAUAAAAGCGUUUCGUCUUCAGUUCAAAACGACAUCUAACAUCUUUUCUCUUCUGUAUAUUUCUCAAGAUAUUGAUUCAACAGUGAUCUAAACUGAAAAUGGCGUCAUACGACACUGGUUGGGAAGAUGAACUAUUUCAACAUCCCGUUGGUCACACGUUGCAUUGUAGUAUAUGCAUGAAUGUUUUGAAGGAUCCAGUUUCGUGUCGACAUAAUGAGCAUUUGUUCUGUCGAGCUUGUAUCACCAUACAUCUCAUGAACUUUCAAACAUGUCCAUCGUGUAUGGAACCACUCACUGUCGAAUCACUGCGCCAAGCACCUUGGACCGUAACGAACUUACUUUCCGAAUUAAAGAUCCGCUGUCAAUUCUUCGAUCGUGGUUGCGGACAGUUUGUUGAAUUAGGAGAUCUCGAAAGGCAUGUUACUGACUGUGGGUUUGCCCCAGCAGUCUGCUCUAACGAAGGAUGCCAACUUGAGGUGAAUAAACAAGAUUUACUACACCAUGAAACAGCUGUGUGUGAACUACGCAGAGUCAAGUGCCACAAUUGCAACGAAAUCAGACAAGAGAUGGAUACAGUGAAAGUUAAUUUGGCAGCAAUGAAUGAAAAGUUGAAAGGAGUUGGGGAACAGGUGGCCAGAAAUGAGACGAACGUUAAGGCAGUGGAGAAAAAUGUUAAAACAGCUGUGGGAAAUGUGGUCGCAAAAGUUGAACUGUUUCGAGAACAACUCAACAAGCAGGAAGAAAGCAAUCGUCAUCUCCAAGCGGACAAUGUAGAAAUAAAGAGAAGUUUAAACGAAAUUACAAAACAACUGGAGAGAAUGACACAACAAACAUUGCAUGAAAUUCAGGCAGAAGAAAUGAAGAAAGCUAUCGCAGAAGGUGGAAUGGACAGAGAGCCAAAGGUCCUUAUCGCUGGAGGCUGGAAUGGGAGAGAAAAUCUAAAUUCAGUGGAAAUGUUCAGUCUCUCAAACACAACCUGGACACCACUACAGUCAAUGAAAGAAAGUCGUAAUAGAGCAUAUUCAGUUGUUCACAACAAUCAGGUUUUUGUCAUGGGAGGUGAUGAUAAGCAUGCAGGAAUAAAGUCAAUUGAAAAACUAUCAUUGAAUGCUGUUCAAGUUGAUCAGUCCAUAACUUGGGAACAUGUUCUUGCUGAGUUACCUGCACCAUUGUGGGGACACUGCAGUGUAGUUUAUAAUGGACGGUUGAUAGUGAUUGGAGGUUUUGAUGAUAGUAAACUUGCAUAUUCUGAUAGUAUUACUGAGAUUUCCCUUGUCCCAACUUAUACCAGUAAACUGUUGGCUACCAUGCCACAGGCAAGAUAUCUUCAUGGUGUUGCAAUGUUUGGUGACAAGAUACUGAUUCUUGGAGGCAAGCUCAAUGGUUCUUCCACCACAAAUCUUGCAAGUGUUUUGUUGUAUGAUAUUACUAAGAACGAAUGUAAGGAGUUAGCAGCCCUCCCCUACCCCGUGUCUGAAAUGGCCACAGUCAAGUGGGAUGAUGACAGUGUGAUCAUAGUGGGUGGUACUGGCAGUAACAUUCAAGCAUUAAACAAAGUUUUAUUUUACAAGAUCAAGACCCAGAAGAGUCGUAUGUUACCAGACAUGAAGUAUAAGAGGAAAGGAUGUGUGGCUGCAGUUGUCAAAGACACUGUGAUUGUCAUGGGAGGCCAAGAUGAAAGAGGAAUGUACUUAAACUCUGUAGAAUGUUUUCGAUUCGAUCGCUAUAUCUGGCAAGAACUUCCUGAAAUGCAGCAAGCAAGAUGCUGGGCUACUGCAGUUGUAUGUUGAUUAUGCAUUGUAUAUUAGCAACCUAAUUAAGUUGUUGCAGUAUUUCAUACACUUAAAAUUUUAAAACAGGGAGAUUUCGCUUUUUAGCCCUUAAAAAACUGUGAGAUUUUAUCAAAAACUGGAAGAGCAAAAUUAAAGUCAUAUGUAGUGUUCAAAACAGUAAAAAAUUCUAAUCAUUUUCCCGGCUUUAUAAUUAACAAUUAUUGGAUGAGGUUUUUGUGAUAUGCGUAAUUGUCAAGGUCGAGGUAAGGGAUUUCAGCCGAGCUGAAGGCGAGGCUGAUAAUGCUUACCGAGACCUUGAUAAUUUUGCAUAUCGCAAAAACCGAAUUCAAUAAUUGUUAUUAUACAUUUGUUUGUGUUACAGUCAAAAUACAAGAACCUUCCCACUUCUGUAACUUAUUUUGUAUUUAUUUAUUCUAUUUUCUGUAGUGAUUACCGCUUUAUCGGCACAUAUCGCGUUAGGAUCCGGUAGAAUUUCGCUUUCCUUCCUUUAUAUACGUCAAUUUGUAGCAAUGGAUACACCGGCAGGUACAAAACGCAGGUUGCAGGUUGGAAUUUUGCAGGUUGCAAAUUUCGCAGGUUGGAAUUUUGCAGGUUGGAAUUUUGCAGGUUGGGGAUUUUGCAGGUUGGAAUUUUGCAGAUUGCCAGGAACUUUGCAGGUUGAUAAUGCAAACUUAAAAUUACACCACUUUUCCAGUAUUCUAGUAUAAUUUAGUUGUGCAUUUAUUGCAGUCUGACUCCUUGUCGGCGCCACUGCUCUAAGGCUAGUGGCCAUCACCCUCGUGAAAACAUUCAAAAUGACCAGAUUGGCUUGGACCUACAGGGAGACAAAUGUUUUGAUUGUUGAAAGGUGCCUACAUGAUGUGGCGGCGUUUAUACCAGAAUGUUGUUAAAAGUUAACUAACUCUCGAGUAAUGAUAUGGUAAUUGGGGGCUUGAGUGGACUUCUCAUAAGUGGGUGUAGAGGAGAGACACCUCAUUCAGGCAUUUUCUGAACUGCCACCACGUCAUGUAGGCUCCUCGCAACAAUCGAAACAUUCGUCCCCCUGAAGAUCCAAGCCAAUCUGGUCAUUUUGAAUGUUUUCACAAGGGUGAUGAGCAGAGGCUAGAAACAUGGUAGCAGGAUAGGCUGAUAUCAAAAACGGCGACAAGGAGUCAGACUGCAAUAAGUACACAAUAAAAUUAUACUAGAAUACUUUAUAGUAGCAUAAUUUUCAGUUUGCAUCAUCAACCUGCAAAAUUCCUGUCAACCUGCAAAAUUCUAACCUGCAAAAUCCCCAACCUGCAAAAUUCCAACCUGCAAAAUUCCCAACCUGCAAAAUUCCAACCUGCAAAAUUCCCAACCUGCAAAAUUCCAACCUGCAACCUGCGUUUUGUACCUGCCGAUGGAUACACCUUUCGUUAGAUUCUUUGCAUAAAAGUUGCGAAACUUAGAUCUUAUAGCGAUAUUUGCUGAUAAAUCGGUUUUAAACCGAAUACAAAAAUUUAAAAUUACCGAAUACAAUCAUUUGACGUACUAAAAUGAAAAUUUCACAACUUUUAUGCAAAGAAUCUAACGAAAGGUGUAUCCUUUGCUACAGAUUGACAUAUAUAAAGGAAAGAAAGGGGAAUUCUACCGCGAUAUUUGCCGAUAAAAAAACGCUACAGAAAAUAGAACAAAUUGCGUGAUUGCACGAUUUAACUGUAAGCUCUUAGCCAAUCAAAUUUUUUUUACCAACUACAAUGUAUAAUAAUCAUUAUAAUUGCAUUCGCUUCAACAACUUGUUUAAUUUAAUUUAAUUUAAUGCUAACAUGGCAAGAAUGCAACUAGUUUUCGAGAUCCCAUGUACGCGUUACAUAUCAUAUCCUUACAAUAAUCUACUUAUCGCUUAUAGGGCGAAAGUGAAUAAAAAAGCCGAACACUUGUAGUUCAUGGAGUAAGUUUCAGCUUGGACACAAGUGCUUUUCACACGAUUACUAUUUCUUGCCAGAUAUUUGAAUCUGCAAAAUAUUCCAUUACCUCAUAACAAUUAAAACAAGCAACCAGGAGAAAAUAUCUUGAUACCGAGAGAAAAAGGUCAAAACUGGGAGUCUCCGGCGGCACCGGGAGAGUUGACAGGUCUGCUUUUGUACUUGGAUAUGAUCAUAGUUUUACGAAUAAAAUUUUAUACCAAUUUAACCAAGUGUAAAGAAAAUUAAUUUGCUGAAAUUGUUGAAUUUAUUGUCGAAUAAAGUAGUAUGCAUUAGGGCACAUUGUGGCUUAAUAUUAAACCACCAUGCUGCAAUGGGCUAUUCCAUUUAAUAUCCGUACCCCGGGCCUGUCGAGGAUACAUGUUUUUCAUAGUUAUACCCCUGAAGAAUUCCAAGCUCAAAACCCUUUACCCCUGAAGAAUUCCAAGCUCAAAACCCUUUACCCCUGAAGAAUUCCAAGCUCAAAACCCUUUACCCCUGAAGAAUUCAAAGCUCAUAACACUUUAAUACCCCUGAAGAAUUCCAAGUUCAAAACCCUUUACCCCUGAAGAAUUCCAGGGUCCUCGACAGGGGGGGGACGGAUAUUAAAUGGAAUAGCCCAAUGUGCCCAAAUGCACACUAUGCCCGGAGGGAAAUAUCAUCACUGAGGGUAAUGUUUCGCCGAAUCCCCCAAGCGAAGCCAAAGG